GAGAGAGAUGCUCAACUUCCUGGUCUGCUUGUCUCUGGAAGCAAAGCCAAACAGCACAUAGUCUGAGCAAGCUUUAAAGAGCCAGGCCUUCCAAAUCAGAUUGCUUCCUCUCAUACCGGAAGGACAAUGGCUUACAGUAACCUGGUCAGGCAUUGGAACAAAGGAGUUUUAGCUCUAGAGAAGGGCAGCUGGGAAUCUGCCUUACACAUCUUCUGCAGCAUUGAAAACCCUCCUUCAAAGAUCAGCUUCAACAUUGGCUGCCUGCAUCUUUCAAGGGGAGACCUGGAGCAAGCUCUGGAGGUAGGUGUUAAGACCAUUUCACACAUGACAGGUUCGAACUCAGGUUUUCCAUGGAGCAUACACACAACUCAGAACUGUCUGCGCUGACUGGAGUUGUAGUCCAAAGCAUCCUGAAGUCACCAAGCUGAAAAAGGCUGGUCUACCUCUGUUUUAAUUUCCCACAACGUCAUGGGGUGGCAGUAGAUUGGGCGCUCCAGAGCAUUGUGGGAAAUGAAGAUGGCAGUCCUUUAGCCACCAAUACUGACACCACCAAGAAAAUCAUCCGUGUAUAGCCCACUAGAGCACACUUUGCUCCUGGGCCUCUCAAACCCAGAGCCAGACCUGCCUGUAUGGCAUAUUCAUAUGUAUUGAUGAUAUAUAUAUAUAUUAUCUGCUUAUUUAUUACAUUCAUAUCCCAACUUUCCUCCAGUGAGUUCAAGGUGGCAGCCCCCCUUGCCAUUUUAUCCUUACAACAACCCUGUGAGGUAGAUUAGGUCUUCACUAUUGUUUUCAACAAUUGUUAAAUACAGUGGUACCUCGGUUUAAGAACAGUCCAGUUAAAGAACGAUUCAGUUUACGAACUCCGCAAAACCGGAAGUAGUGUCCUGGUUUGAGAACUUUACCUCAGUCUAAGAACGGAAUCCGAAUGGUGGAAGGGCACCGGCGGCGGGAGGUCUCAUUAGGGAAAGUGCGCCUCGGUUUAAGAACAGUUUUGGUUUAAUAACGGACUUCCGGAACAGAUUAAGUUUGUAAACCAAGGUACCACUGUACUUUUUUGUUUUGUUUACUUCUGCAAGCCUACGCAGGCAUGUCAUUUUAAUGACCAAUUUUUACGUGUGUUUUUAUUAUGCAUAACGGCUUUACGGCUGCUGAUUUUAUUAUAUUUUUAAAAUGUAUGUUAACUAGUUUUCCAUGCUUCUCUUAACUGGUAUUUUUAAAUGACAGUUUUAGAUUGCCCAUUGUAAAUCGCUUAGAGCAGGGGGUCAGCAAUUUUUUCUAGUAGCGGGCCGGUCCACUGUCUGGAGGUGGCGAGGCGGAAGGAGCCGGAGCCGGUGGUGGGUGCUGCCUUGCCUCCUUGCGAUGGGAAGAAGAGGCUGAGUGGCGGCAGCUCUGCCAAUCAGACACCGUGCCUGAUUUACCUCAGUGCGGCGUGGGGACGUCUCUGCCAAUCAAACACCACUGAGGUAAACUAGGCGCAGCAUUUGAUUGGCAGAGACGUCCCUGCGCCACGCUGAGGUAAACCAGGCACAGCAAUUAAGUGGCAGAGCCACUGCCGCUCGGCCUCUUCUUCCCGUUGCCGUCACCGGGAGUCUCGGCUUCGCGGCAGGUUCUGGCUUUGUGGCAUGGGGCACGGGCCGGAUUUACGACCCAGGUGGAGCUGAUCCAGUCCGCGAACUUUAGUUUACCAACCCCUGGCUUAGAGGCAUGUGAUUUUUUAAAAAAUCAAAUAAGUGGUCUGCUGCAAAUGUUGUUAAAUAAAUAAAUAAGGGUUGCACUAUGACACUAAAAAAAUAUAAAUAAAUAGGUAUACACUUGUGGGAGGAAAGAAGUAUUUAAACUGUGCACAUAAGGAAUGUAACGUGUGAAGUUCGCUCACAUAAAGUAAAUCAAUGCAGGUAUAAAAAGUAUUGUGGGGAGAACAAACGAUAUUCAUAUUCAGCACUUCCUGGAGAACCAGGUUACCACAGCAGGAAGCAACUGUUGAACAAAUUUAGCAAUUCCCAGAACGAAUGAGUCAGCAACAUGCCUCAGAUUCCAGAACUAGCUAGUGCCCAUUAAGACUGGUGAGGCAGAAUACAAGAAGCCCAAAACAGAAAAAGUGUUCUGGUAUGGCUAAGCCUAGGGACGGAAAGAAAUUUGGUUCAGUUUUCAUUUUAAUGCAAAGAUACCUAAUUCACAUGCACAAAUAUUUGCACCAAUUUUUGUGAUGUAGUUCUCCAGCCAUAAGAACACAUAAUGAAAGUAUUAGUGAAAAUAACAUACAAAAAUAUUAGAGGACAUCACUUGCAAAAAAAGAGAGGUGCAUGUUGGCAGAAAUGUGUACAAAGCUGCCCAAUUUUCAUGAGAACAUUUUUUUUAAAAAAUCUGCAAACUGAUCCAGAAAUUUGGCAAACUGAACUAAAGGUUGGAAAGAUUAGAAACUGAAAUUGAUUGAUUUGUCCAACCUUAGUUAAGCCUCAGUGGAGUACCUUUUUACAGAAGAAACAAUGACUUUGCAAGUUCCUUCCUUAAUGCUUUAUCCCUGGAAGAAUUCCUGACCUACUUUGCAAGCAAAAACAGAAUUAGCCUCUCAGUGCAGCAAUAGCUUAAGGUAACAAAUUCCGGAAGAGACAUUGCAUUUCUGUCUCGGAAUUACCAAGCUUGGGAAGGUGGGCUGAGCUAGUUCAUACUUGGUUCCUGCAUAGGAAGCUGUGUUAUGCCAGCAGGUCAGAAUAUCUGUCCAUCUAGACCAGUGUCGCCUACUCUGAUUGGCAGCAGCUUUCUGGGGUCUUGGUCAAAAAUAUGACUUUUCCUUCGCUAUUGCUACUUAGGAUCUCCUCACCGCCCGCUUUUUUCACUGGAGAUGUCAGGUGUCAAUUUUGAACCCCGUCCCAUCCAUGUGCAAAGCAAGUGGGUUCAAAGUCAUUGAGCUGCAGUCCCUUUCUCUGUGGGAAAUAUCUCACCUAAUAUAACCAACAUGCUUAACUAUAAUUAAUGCAUGAUGCAUGAAGGAGUUAAAAACAUAGAGUACUACCUGACUUAACUAGGUCACACCCCUUCAGGCUGGAAGGAAGGGCUACCAAACUCUUUGUUUUCCUACAUUCCACCAUUUCCCCCCACCAUGUUAACUCUUCCAGUAAGGGUGCCUAAGCUGAAUGCUCAAAGCUUCUACAGUAUGGCUUUAACAAGCCAUCUCUGUGUUUCUAUGCAAAUGAUUUAGAAACAUUUACCUUUUUAGAACUAACCUAAGUUUUGCUGCAGGGGUCCCUUUACCUUUACCUUAAGUUUUGCUGCCUGGCUUUCUUGCUGCUGUAUGGAAAAGCACAUGAAUCUGAUCUUUGAAUAGUUCUGUAAGUAAAUCAUAUUUAUCUUACCAAACAUCGCAUAUGCUAAGGAAUGUGGGGAGCUUUUGUAGCAACUUAAGGUAAAAGGUAAAGGGGCCCCUGACCAUUAGGUCCAGUCAUGGCCAACUCUGGGGUUGCGGCACUCAUCUCGCUUUACUGGCUGAGGGAGCCGGCGUACAGCUUCUGGGUCAUGUGGCCAGCAUGACUAAGCCGCUUCUGGCGAACCAGAGCAGCGAACGGAAACGCCGUUUACCUUCCCGCCAGACCUAUUUAUCUACUUGCACUUUGACAUGCUUUCGAAUUGCUAGGUUGGCAGGAGCAGGGACCGAGCAACGGGAGCUCACCCGUCGCGGGGAUUUGGACCCCUGACCUUCUGAUCGGCAAGUCCUAGGCUCUGUAGUUUAACCCACAGCGCCACCCGCGUCCCUAUUGUAGCAACUUAGAAGGGGAUAUUUUAAACGUCUAACAUCCUGCAUUUCCACGCUUUACUUUGCUGCAUGUUUUGAGAUUUUAAAUCACUGCAUGUGCUCUCUCACCAGAGAGUACUUGCCCCAAAUCUGGAUCUAGACAUCCAGGGAAUUCUCCUUAUAUCAAACCAAAUCAAACAACAUGCUCAAAAUGCAUUUUGCCCUGCUGAGAAAAAGCUGUCAACUUUUUAUGGCUGGCUCUAUUUCUCUGCCUGUAAACAGCCUGACACCCAGUAUAAGCAAACAAGUGAUGCCUUUUCUCAUUGUUUCAUCUCUGUGCCAGGAAAAAAGCAUUUCUUGCUGAAUUUCUCCUGCUGUUAAAAAGCACAGGAGUAAAAAAAGAAAUCUGGCAACCUUAACGUUAUUUUUCUGCCUCCAGGCAUUUGACCAAUCCAUUUCCAAAGACAAUUGCUUAGCUGUGGGUUUCUUCCAGAGAGGAUAUUCUUACCUGUUGCUGGAGAGGUGAGUGUCUGCUGUUUCACUGUCAAAGGGUACAAUAAUUGAGCUCACACAAAUAUUAUAGGAGCCAGAAUGAAUCCAGCGCACAAGCAGGGGAAAGGAAGGCAAACAACCAGCCAAGCUAUGCAGCAUUUGUGGGGCAGAAACUGAUGCCAAGUUGCCACCUUUUUCUUAAGUGGAGCCCCUCCACCUUUUAACAGCAGUGGAAUGGUGGAGAGAACUCAGCUACCUCCAGCUUCACUCCAUGCCAGAAAAAUGUUCAUCUGUUGAAUUUCUGAUAAAUAGGGGGUUUGUUAAAUGUAGAGAGGAGAAACAGAGAUCCUGUGGAUUCUGUAAACUGGAAAGUGGAGUUCAAUCCCAUGCCCUCCAGCAUUUCUCCAAUGAAAAUAGGGAUGUCCGAUUCCAUACUACUACUACUACUACUACUACUACUACUAACUUUAUGAUUUAUGCUCCACCCAUUGGACUGGGUUGCUCCAUCCAGCCACUCUAGGCGGCUUACAACAUAUAUAAAAAUCACAAUAAAACAUUAAAAUAACUUCCCUGUACAGAGCUGCCUUCAGAUGUCUUCUAAAGGAUGUAUAGUUCCUUAUCUCCUUGGCUUGAGGCUUGCACACCAUAUGCUCCAACAUUUCUCUGAUGAAAUGUUGGGACGUCCUAAGGAAAAGUGGGACAUUCCAGAAUCAAAUCAGAAACCUGGACGGCUUCUGUAAAUCCGGCUCUGUCUCUGCAAUCCUGUUUUGUGCACAUAUGUCAUCAGGGGUGGGGUAGGUGGGCAUGGUUAAGGGGAUGUUGGCCAAACGGGGAGGUCUGGAGGGUCCUCAGACCCCACGGGGGCUCCUCACACCUAGGCUAUAUCUAACAGCAAUAACAGUGCAAUUCUUUUCCUGAUCUCAGUAUUUUUACUUUCCUAAACACAGACAUUGUUGUUUUCUUCCCCUGCCAGAUAUGAAGAAGCCCUGAAUGAUUUCAGGCUUGCCCUGCUGCACCUCAGGAAGAACCCCUGCAUUGAUUAUAAGCAGCUGGGUCUGAAGUUUGUGUUGUGUGCCUGGGAGGUAAGGUGAUGUUAAGAGCAUCAUACGAUGAUGACUCAGCAAAACAAUCCAUAAUAGACGUAACUAGGGACUGCUGCCCCUGCUUGCUCUGCUCACCAACCCCUUUGCCAACCCCCCUUCCUCUACACCUGGCCAAUCCCCCCCUCCUUUUACACUUCCUUCACCUCAGACCUCCCCUUUCAUAACCUAUCCUCUCAUACUUCCUCUACCCCUCCCUUCACAGCUUGCCCAAACAGUCUGUGUACCUGUGUAUACAGAAGCUGAACGGUACAAAUAAACAUAUGCACAUGUACCCCCAGAAUCCCCUGGGACAUGGACUUACCAUUCUGGAAAGCAGUAGCAUACCACUUUGAACUGUCAGGGAUUAGCCAAAAGGAUCCUGGGAAGUGUAGUUUGUUCAGGAUGCCGAGACUUCUAACAACCCCCCCCCCCCCAUACACAUUCGCCACACAGAGCUACAAUUCUCAGAGAUCCCCAUGAAGAGCGAUUGAUUGUUAAACCAUUCUGGAAAUUGUAACUCUGUGAGGGGGAACUCCCACAGGAAGUAGUGAUGGUGGCCAGCUUGGAUGGCUUUAAAAGAGGAUUAGACAAAUUCAAAGAAGAGGAUAAGGCUACCAGUGGCUACUAGCCACAAAUGGCUAUGUUCCACUUCCACUGUCAGAGACAGGGUGCCACGGAACUCCUGUAUCGGGAUCAUGUAUAGGGAAAGUGUGGUUGCAACUAGAUCUUUCUUGUGAUCUUCCAACAAGUGGUAUCUGACUGGUCUGCUCUGAGUAAGAUUAGCACUGGAUGCAACCCUACGAUUCUAUGCCAUGAAACCUGUGUAAUGAUAGAGUUUACUAUUUAGAGGUCUUACAAAGUUGGUAAUUGAGGACUUUCCUUCCUGCUGAAGAAUCCAGUGUAAUGUCUGAGGCUUGCAUCCAGCAGAAAUGUUAUUUCUUGUGUGGUCUGCAGGUGGCGUACAACACUGCUGCGGCUCACUGCCGUCUUGGACAGUGGCAGGAUGCUCAGCAAACACUGAAGGAGGCUGCUGGAGAGACCCCAAAGGGUCAAAUCCACCACCUUGAUAGUGCUCUGAAGCAAGUGCAGGUAUGAUUUGCUGCAUUAACCUGAGGAAGUCGGUUUUUCCUGGUAGUGUAGAUCCACCUUCCAAGGAAGAGGUUGCUUAGCAGAGGCCGACACACACACAGGGCGUCUCCAGAUGCCCUUUUUAUUGCCCACUCACAUCUCUCCAUCCAGACAAGCAAGAGGCUCUGCUGGAGUUCAAGGACACAUUCCAGCCAAAGAAAAACACUCAAGGGAGGUGCAAAGAGAGGCCAGCGAGGGGUGUGGCAUUUGGGGAGUUUCAAGGGCCAGGUGGAGAUGCUUGGAGGGCCACAUAUGGCCCCUGGGCCUUAGGUUCCCCACCCAUGAAAGAGAAAACUGCCCUCUGGCAACUCUUUACACAGAGGAGUUUCCUCUGCAAGGCAGGAGCCUAGACAAGAUGAACUUCCUUUCUGCAUCUUCAGGUAAAUGUGUAUAUCCAAGAAAAGAUAACCCUGUUGUGAAUAGUCUACCCUAAACCUGCCCUGUCCUAGGAACAUCUCUUCUUGGAACCCCGGAGUGUCCCUCAGGGGGAGAUCUUCAAGCCCCCAAAGAAGGACGUGGAAGAGCUAGAAGAAAAAGACUUUCUGGGCCAAGCCAAGGUAGAACUUUCUGACUCCGCAGAUAAAAGGGGUGAUGUUCUUCUGCUGUGAUGGGGCUAGUUUUCCCCAAAGGGAGUCAGCAUGCUUCUGGGCUGAACUACUUUGGUAAAGGAGAGGGGUGGGGCUCACAUGCUGGAAUGUUCUCCUGUACAACUCCCCUCCCCCAACAACCUUGCAUGUAGAAAUAAAGCUUGUCGGGGAGGUUCUCUGUUUACAAAAUUGUCCCAUCUGGCACCAAUUUUGUCAUUGUUUUGCAACAGACAAAAGCACCCUUUCUUUUUUUUGGACUUUUGGCCAUCAUCAAUUAUUGGAUGUUUGCAUUUUGAGUAUUUUUUAAAACAUGCUUGUAUAUGUUUUUGAUUGCAUUUUCACUCUGGCUGUAAAUCGUUUUGGCACUUUCUGUAGAGGGAUUUGCUAGGGGCUCCCAUCCUUGCUCAUCCUCCUUGUCCGAAGCCCCUCCUCUCUUGCUCUAUGCCUUUUUAAAGAAGGGAGGGGGUAGUCACUUCGUCCAGUGGCUUGCUCUCCCCUCUGUUAAGUAGCUUGCCUGUGCCUGCCUGCCAUUCCUCAUGCUAGAAUUGGCAUAGCCACCUAUGGCUGCACAAACUGCAGAGUAUUUGUUUAUUUAUUUUUAUUUUUAAAUUUCUAUACCGCUUUAUAUUUUUAAUAAAAAAUCUCAAAGCAGUUUACAGCAUAUUAAAUCAAUAAAACAAUAGCUGGGUGAUGUUCCUCCAGCCUCAUGAGGAGCCUCUUCAGUAGGGCUAGUGAGUGUGGGCCCCGCCCCCUAGGCCAGGUGGAAAGGGCCUUGCAGGGAGCGGCCUUCAUGACCCACAGCCAGGUCUGCCUUACUCCAAACCAUUCUUGCAUUCAGCUGGUGCCCCUUAUGCUGAUGAUAGAUAGAUAGAUAGAUAGAUAGAUAGAUAGAUAGACAGGCAGAGAUAGAGAGAUAGAUGGAUGAGCAAAGCCAGAAGAGAGAAAAUUGUUGUUGUUGUUGUUGUUGUUGUUAAGGUUUGUUAAAUGAAUACUUUGCUUUACAACCAAUAACAUACAAUAAAGUCACGUAAGCGUUGAAAAACACAAAUUGAACAGUACAAUAGCAAAUAAUAGGCAUUGCCCCAAAGCCUGGGAAAUCAAAAAUAGUGCCAAAUCAAUGACAAGGUUGGAGCCAGGAACUCCUCCCUCAGCAAGAGUAUUCCAUAAAUGAGAGGCUUCCAAGAGAGGGCCCAUUAACAUGUAUUUGUUCUCAGGAUCCCAAAUAACAGUCGGUAGUUGACACUGCACUCCUCUGGCUUGUAAUGCUCAUUUUAGGGUCAGAACUAGCCAAGCUGUAUGGAAAUUUAUUCACGCAGGCAACUACAGCGGCAAGAAUGUUACUUGACCCAAAAUGGAAAGAAGAAGAAGACCCAGCAAAAGAAGAAUGAAUACAAAAACUCAUGGAAUAUGCAGAAAUGGCAAAACUUACUGGAAAAAUAAGAAAUCAAGAUAACAAACUUUUUAUAAAAGAAUAGUAAUGGUUUAUUGGAUAUUUACAGAUAAAUUGUAAACAGAUAAGAACAUUGGCAGGAUUAUUGUAAUAACCUGCAGUUUUAUAACAGUCUAUAUUUAAAAUAGAUGAAUAAAUGAGCAAAUUAAAUUAAUUUGGAUAUGCAGAAAAUAUUAAAAAUAAAUUUAAGGAACAGCAGAAAGAGGGGGAAGGAAGUCAUGUUUUGAAAUGUCAAAAUGAUAGUGAAAUCAGUGAAAUGUAUAAAAUUGAAAAUCAUAAAGAAAUGCUCAUUUUAUACUACCCUCCCUUCACAGGUCAUCUCUUCUGCUUAUGAGGAAGAUUGUGGCAUCGGCUUUCAUGAUCCCCAGCCCCAGGUGAAGGGGGGAAAGCAAGGGAAGUAUGUGGGAUGCUCACGGGCUCCUGGCGCAGAGACAGCAGCUGCCAAUUUCUUUCCCCUGGCUUCUCUCUAGAAGCACUGCCUGCCCUAAACCACCUAUACUUCUCUGAUUGCCACAUCAGCCUGCCUCUCUCUCACAGCCAUAAAGGUGGCCAGCUGACCUGAAAGUGGCCAGUGCCUGCGCUGUUGAAUACAAUAUUUGCUGAUGUGCAGAAAUCAGCCACUGAAACUUAUUGCAGUGCGUAGAUCAACAUAUUAACCACCUCAGAGAUGCAAAGGAAGCUGCUCUUAAAUGGCACAGCUACAGAGGCUGGCUGGAAAAGUUGGCAACCCUGUAUUAGGUAUUCCUGAACGUUAGCACCCCUUGCUUUGCUCCUCUUGUUAUCAUCUACUUUUGUUCCCACCCCAAGCUAAAGAGAGUAGCAACCUUUUGUUUGUGUGCAGAUAAGGGAUUUGGCAUAUCUCGAAGCUUCUCACUUCUUGCAGAAAGGCAGCAGUGGGAUUCCCCCACCACCUGGAAAAGAACCCCCCACCCUGCCCUGCGAGAGGCAAAAUAUUCAGAAAUCAGGUCAGCCACAAGAAGGGGAUUUGUCACAUAUCUGGAGGGACCCUUUAUAUCCUCCCGUUUCUCCCAGUGGGUGCGCAGAGCUACAGAGCCUACAGCAAAGGAGAUAGAGGGAGAAGGAACCAGUUUGCUUUCUUUCUCCAUUGUUGCAUAUUGGUUAGAGUGUCUGACUAGGACUUGGGAGCUCAGGGUUCAAAUCCCCACUCAGCCACAAAGUUCAUCGGGUGACCUUGGGCCAGUAACUCCUCUCCCCGUCUCUCAGCCCAAUCUAUCCAGCAGGGUUGUGAAGGUAAAAUGGGGAGGGGGAAGAACCAUGGCGUGGGGUAUAAAAGUAAUAUGAUAAAGGCAGGGUUUAACUAAUAGAAUUAGGCUGCGUACACACCCGGAAUUUGAAACACAUCUCCUCCUCAAAGAUUCCUGGGAACUAUAGUUUACACCUCCCAGAGCUAGAGCUCCCAGACCCGUAAUAAACUACAGUUCCUAAUUUUUUUUUCUUGAGGGGAGAUUCUUUAAAUUGCAUAUUGUGCAUUUUGUUAUUGUAAGCUACUUUAUGAGAACCAUAUGGUGAAGAGCGGGGUAUAAAUUUUAAAAUCUAAACAUUAAAUAAACAUUAACUAAAAUAAAAAUAAAAUAUAAAAGCAUAUGCAGCUUUAUUAAUAAGUGGGUGAAGCUUGUUUUGCAGCACCAGCCAAGGAAGAUGACGACAGGGCAGACAUGAACAUCGCGGGUCAAAAUACAUCCCUGGAGGUGAGACUCUGUAUUUGCCAUGGCAAUAAUGUGACAUAACGUAAUAUAAUGUAGUUGCAAAAGGGCUUUAGCUAUUGCAUCAUGAACAGCCCUAAAAUCUGCUUCAGAAGAAUUGUAGGUUGUAUGAAUCUAUAAUAUUGGCAUUGUAAAGUUUGCCAGCCAGCUGUCCUGGAAAGAUUGUCUCACAAAAUCCAAGCAAUGAGAAGUCAAAGAAAGGCGGACAUGUUUUUGGCAGACUGGUGUUUGUUUAUUGGUUUUAUAAAUAGUCAGGAAUCUGGCAGAAUGGUUCCAAUUAACUGAGCUGGCCCAUCCAUGAGGAGGGGUGAAACACCCACCUCAGCGCAAGAGGCGGUCCUCUUCCCACCACUUCCAUCGUCAAGAGGGACGUGUUUGGAUGCACAGUAUUGCUACUCAUCCUCACUGCCCCAAGGCGGAGAAGCUGAAUUGCAAUGCUUUGAGGAGUUUGGCAAAAACUGGGGUGCAGCGGCGGUGGAAGUGGGGUACGUGGUGGUGGUGGGGCAGCAAUUCCUAUUUCACUUCAGGUGGCAAAAUGGGAUGGGCCACCCCUGCCAACUACAUUUCAAAUGGUAUUGUCUUUGCAAGGGAAAAUAGGAUUAACUGGAGAAAAGUUAGAUAAAUUAAGAAAAAUGAGAUGUGGAUCUAAAUAACAGAGUCAUUUAUUUUGAUUGUAGGUGAUAAAUAAACAAUGAGCACAGUGAAGGGAAAAACACUGCUACAGGAGACUGAAGUUAAAAUAGAAGCUUCUUAAUCCUAUUUGUAGACUAUAUCGUGCUUCCACGAAAUGCAAUCUGUACCUGAAAAUACUGUUUGGGGUGUCAGGAAGGGGAGUUGUUAUAUUUUUAUUUAUACUACACACACACACACACACACACACACACACACACACACACACUGUUUCAGAUGGUCCCUUUGCUCAGCCAUACCUUUCCAUCUCUUGAGCAGGACUUAUCCUCUUCUGGGGAGGCUAGUGACAUCACCAAUGGGUUCAUCCUGCUGAAGAUUCACACUUCCUACUCUGUCAAGGUGAAAAUGAGUCCUGUCCCAUCCCUGGCUGACUUUAGGAACCUGCUACAGGAAGAAUGCUGCCAGCAGGCUACACGGAUGUCAGUGAGGUAGGUUCUGAGAUACACAUGAACUGGCACCAGGUAGGGAUGAAAGCCGAAUCUAUCUGAUCUGUGGCUUUCCAACACAAUCUUCAAACCUAUACAGUGGUACCUCUGGUUAAGUACUUAAUUCGUUCUGGAGGUCUGUUCUUAACUUGAAACUGUUCUUAACCUGAAGCACCACUUUAGCUAAUGGGGCCUCCUGCUGCUGCCGCACUGCCGGAGCACGAUUUCUGUUCUUAUCCUGAAGCAAAGUUCUUAACCCAAGGUAAUAUUUCUGGGAUAGCGGAGUCUGUAACCUGAAGCAUAUGUAACCUGAAGCGUAUGUAACCCGAGGUACCACUGUACACAGCUAUCCUUUGAAAUUUGCACUUCUCCUAAUUUUGUGGCACAGUUCUCCAACCCAACAAUGUUUACAAAAAUGCAUAUGUAUUAGGGUUCUUUGGGAAAAGCCAUGAGCUUUAAAUGUAUGGUGUGUCCAUGCCACUCUUGCCUUAACAGCUUCCUAUGUACUUGUGCAUGAUUGCAUCACUGACCCUUUUCAGGUACAAGAUUUCAGGUAGUGAUGAGCUGAUCCCUGUUAGCAGUGAUGAAGAACUGAGGAACAUCUGGCAAAGCAUGGAAGGUGGUCAGCUGACCAUCUGGUGCCAGGUACGUGUUGAUUGGUGUUGGGUUAUCUGGCUUAAAGACUGGACAACAACAACAAAUUUCCCUGCAAACAGGAGGCUAGCACACCAGUCCUGCCUUGCUGUUUUCAAUUUUUAGUGAGAUAUUAUUUUUUAUUAAUAAUAUUAAUAUUCAGAAAUGGUAUCCUCCAACCUGAAGCGGUAGAGUUAAUUGUUUUACUCAAGCUCCCUCUAUGACCUUAUUCUGACAGUAAAAGCUGUUGGAUGGUGGAAGCGAAAUUCCUUGGAAGUGGGUAGGCUGUCCUUUGUUAGAAGCUGGCUGGCCACCUAUUACAGGUGCUGCAAUAGUGGAUUGCCUGCAUUGGUAGGGGGUUUGACCAGAUAACCCUUGAGAUUCCUUACCAACCCUCUGAUUCCAGUGCAUGUGUUGAUCCAGUCCAUUUGUGUGUGUUCUGAAGGCCCAAAGGGAUACCACGAGCAGGCCAGCACUCUAUCACAUGAUUGCGUGUCACCCCUACACUGCUCAGGGCCAGGAGGAUUUGUCUUUCAAAGAAGGUGACAAGCUGGAGAUCCUCUCUGAAGGUAGGCAGGGCAGAGAUGGAUGUUUGAUGGUCCCUGAAGGGAAAAAUGUUCCCCCCUCUCAGAUUAAAAGGCACCAGAGGCACCUUCCUCAUCCCCUUCUCUUGAUCUGUGCCUUUGGCCAUAAACCCACCUGCCUUCACCUUGGUUGUGUUUUCACAGUGAACGAGGAGUGGCUGGAAGGACGCUGCAAUGGAACCACUGGCAUUUUCCCAAAAUGCUUUGCUGUGCGAGAGUGCUGUUGACACCUGCUCCUAGAGCAGAAAAAAGGGGGCUUGUCCUCUAGCUCACCCACCCAUUCAAUCACUUAUGCUACAAUCGACCCUUCCCUUGCCAUUAGGUGCUGUGUUGCCCUUCAGACAUGCUGAAAAUGCAUCUAAGUGUUGGUGAAGUGUUGGCUUCUUAGUAAUGGAAACGUUUCAGUGACUCAUAAAGUCACCCUUUUUGCUUUGGUGGCUGAGAAGAUCAGAAAGAAUACCCUGGACAAUAUAGCAGUGAAAUAUAAGGGAAACUCAGAGAUCUAAAUAGAGACUAUUAUUUGUGGUGCAGCAUCCCUUUUGCUUAUAUUUAUUUUUGAUUCACAUUUGUCAUGGCCAAUGGCUAGUACAAUAAAGUUAAUUGGAUUGGAGUGUUGGUGAAAAGCAAAUAUAUUUCCUUCUCUUGAGUUUGUAGUUAAUGCAUGAAUUACUUUAAACCACCAGAGGGCACUGUUGGUCUAGCAAUCUUGCCAGCACUUGCUUAUUGUCUUUGCUUUGUCAUCCUUAAUGCCACCCCUAAAACUGAGCUAUUUUGUUUGUUGCUCUGUCCUAACUUUUUGAGACAAGAUAUAUGCUAUUUCUCUCCUUCUAUCUCCACUCGUUCUGUAAACAGUUUCUGCAUGAAUAAAGCCUUUGAAUUCCAGAAAUUGGAAGUGAUUGUUCCACUCUAAUUCCAAGCUGCAAGGUCUGCUAACAGUAAAAAAAAACAUGAGAAGAGCCCUG